AUGCAAUCAUCCCGUGACUCCCUCAUAAAACAAGCCAAAAAGCUACGCUUCUGGCAAAGAGUUGUGUCCUGGUUAGACCGCUACCUCUCCUGGCCACUCCCCCCAAAUCCCAGCCUCGAGAUAACCAUCCCAACAACAGUCAGCAAAACUCCUGGCUCAAUAGAACUGUACCUCUUCACGGCACCAAACCAAAAACCCAGCUCAACAAUCUCCUUAACCCGCGACAUCGACUCCCACAGACGCCCAGUGCUAAUCAACUUCCACGGCGGCGGUUUCUCCAUCGGGCACGCCAUCGACGACGCACGCUGGGCCCACUCCGUCACCAAAGCCCACCCAGACAGCAUAUUCUUAAGUGUAAACUACCGACUCGCCCCGGAAAACCCAUUCCCCACCGCAAUCGAAGACGGCGUCGACGCCAUCCUCUGGCUCUGGGACCACGCCGAGAACUACAAUCUUGACCGCGACCGCUUCGUUCUCUGCGGCUUUAGCGCAGGCGGGAAUCUCUCAUUAACAGUCCCGUUACGUCUGCAUGAAGAACUCGAAAAGCGCAACCGGCUCGAAACGGAGAAUGAGAUUAAACUUUCUGGGUCAUUGGCUUUUUAUCCCAGCGUGGACUGGACGCGGACUCGCUCGGAGCGGGAUGCUACGAAUCCCAUUGCGGCGGAACGAUCGUGGAUCCCGCAGAGUGUCUUAACAUUCUUUGAUGAGUCUUAUAUUGUAAGCGAGAAUUUGCCAAAGGGUGUGGAUGGGAAGAGUGUUAAUAUGGCGCAUCCGUAUUUGUCGCCUGGGUUGGCGCCGAUGGAACUGGUUCUUGAGGCGUUUCCGCCGGCUGUUGCUAUUUAUACUCGUGGGUGGGAUCAGUUGCUUGUGGAGGGGAAUGCGUUGAGGGAGAGGAUUUGUCAGUUUGUAGAUGAGGGGAGGAUGAGGCGUUGUGGGGGAUUUGUGAUUGAGGAUGUGAUUCAUGGGUUUGAUAAACGGCCGACUUUUUGUUUGGGGGAUAAGGUUCGGGAUAGGAUGUAUGCGGAUGCGAAUAUGGAGUUGGAGAUUAUGUGGACGCGUGAUGAUUUGGAGACUGAAAUGGGCUUUGACUGA